AUGGCCACCCUUACCCACCGGUUGCUUCACUUCUCUCGCUCUGCGUUGCUUUCUUACUUAAACCCCUCCCCCCCCCCCCCCCCCCCCCCCCCCCCCCCCCUACCCUCCCCUCCUCCUUCCACUACCAUCACUCUAUUCGUGUCAAUCGAUCACGCAUCCCUGCACAGCACCACUUCUUCACCAUGGCCUCUCUCAUCACACCACCUUCUCAUUCUUCUGCUCGAUUUUCACCAAAGCGCACCAUUGUCUCCCUCUCACCUCCACUCACCCCGACCGCGAAGCGUCCGCGCACCUUCUGGGACACCGUGCUCGCAGACUCUUCCCCAACUUCCUCGCUCAACACUUCAUCCCUAUCAGACGCUGUGCCGCAUCGCCAUCCUCCUGUGCCCCAAACUCCGUCCUAUGACGCCGCAUCUCAUGUUCGAGAUCUUCCUGCUGUCGUUAGUUCCCCCAUCUCUAACUUUACCGACUCAUCCUCGGCUCACCCUCGCUUAUCCCCUCCGUAUGUGAGCCCAGUUCACUCCGCCAUCAAGCCCAUUCCACUGGCUGUCUCUUCCGCUAUUCGGAAGACGCAGCAACAUUCAUCCAUGAUGUCUCCUGCACGCCCACACACUUGCUCGGCCUGCGGUUCCUCGUUUGCGCGCAGCAGUCAUUUACGUCUACACAUUCGCACCAUUCACGAGAAGUUGAAGCCCUUUCAAUGCGAGCAAUGCCCCGCUGCGUUCGGACAUGUCAGCUCCAAAUAUCGACACUUCAGAACUGUGCAUUUGAAAAGAAGGGAUUUUGCUUGUGACCGUUGUGGACAGACGUUUGCUGAAAGAGCAGCAGUUCUCAAGCAUUGCCGGACCGUGCAUGAGGGAUCAAGACCAUAUCCCUGCCCGACCUGUGGUUUUCGCUUUCACUUCAAAUUGCAUUUAUCGCAGCAUAUUUCUACUGUUCAUGAGAAGCAGAGGCCGCAUCGUUGCACGAUUUGUAAUGCCUGCUUUGGGCAGAGGUCGAGCUUGAAUAGACAUUCAAGACAAAUUCAUGGGAUUUCGACGAAAAAGUAAAAAGGAAUGGGAAUGGGCCAACAACUCAUUAAGAUGAGCACUGCCAGGUGGCCGACAGAAGGACAUAAGAUAGUGGUAUAGCAUAGUGUAGCUUGCACAACGCAGUAGUACAGUAGAAGGGUUAGCUUUUGUACAGGGUAUUCAUCUCUUGAGUACGAAUUGUUUGCGACGAAAAUUUGUUUGAAUUUUGA